AUGAACGCUGUUUUCAGCUUCCCUACUGGAUCAGCAGCAGGAGUUUUCGGCCUCCGCCCGCAGCAUUUAAAGGAUCUUCUGAAUCGUAAGGAUGAUCAACAAAGUGAUCUCUGUGUCGCCCUCACCGAUCUGACAAAUCUGGUACUCAAGACAGACAUUCCUGAAGAUAUCCGGCCAUUUUUUUUUGGUGCCAAUUUAAUCCCGCUGGGAAAAAAAGACGGAGGCGUGAGACCGAUCGCUGUAGGGGAGACGUUACGCCGGCUGGUAUCCAAGAUCGCCAGCAAUAGGAUCCGGCUGCCACGUGAACAGGAGCACCAGCGAGGCAGCGACACGAAUCUGAGUUCGUUUAGAGAAGGCGGAGAAAAAGAAAAUUCAAGUGAUAGUGCCACAACUGAGCCGAGCAGACUCUAUACCGAAAAUCAAAUCCACACAGCCUAUCUGGCAUGUCGAGCUGUGUACUUCUGCACGUGGAUUCUGUGCACCGUGGGAAAUGGACUGAAUCUGGUUGUCAUUUUACGUAGUGUUUCCACGUGGAGAACAUCGGCGUGUCAUUACGUGAUCGGAACCGCCGUCGCUGAUUUGGUAGCACUAUGGUGCGGUCUAUUCGAAUUUUUACCUUGGGAGGAUAUUGGUAACAGUCUCGAUUCAGCGAGAUUUUUCACAGAUAUUCUACGGUGGUUCGGUAACGCUGGAAUGAGUUUAUCCGACUGGAUUCUGGUGGUUUUCUCUUGGGAGCGGCUAUUUGUGAUUGUGGACCCUUUUCGAUUUGGAUUUCUGCAGCGAGUUCUAGCAGCGCGCAUUGUUAUUGCCCUUCUCGUCAUGUUGUCGCUUGCCUGCUACGUACUCGAAAUUGUCGGAGGUUAUAUAUGGUGGUUUACAGAUUGCGAAGUUUUCAAUGCAUCAGAAUGGUUAUCUGCAUGGUACGAAAUAAACCGAAGAGCGCUGAUUGCGGUGAAACUUCUUAUAUUUUUGUUGAUCCUUCUUAUCAGUGUAAUCCAGACUACUAAUCCUGAUUGUCUUCCUUGCGCGGCAACAACGAUCGGAAUUUGGGGAAAUGCGCCGCAGCCAGCAAGCUUACAGUGAGGCAUCCGCGUCAAUUUCUGCCAACAAAUCCUUGUCCCAACACGGAAUUAACAUGAUCUUGCUGAGCAACGUACUGCUUUAUCUGAUCACGCGCACCCCAAAGGUUUUCGACUUGUGCGCAGCGGAAUUACCGGUGGACUACGUGAACUUAGCGUACAUACACGAUGGAACCGUAUACCAUCUGGCAAUGCCAGUUAUUAUGAUUGCGACGUAUUGCGGUUAUUCGCUGAACUUCUACAUCUAUCUGCUGAUCGAGCGCCAAUAUCGCCGCCGCUUUAUCGACCUAGUCGCCCGUCCACUGUGCCGUCCAUGGUUUCCCACAGUGCUCGGUAGUAGGACCAAUUCACGCCGAACCGGGGACCGGGAGAUGAAUGAGAGGCCGUCAACAAACACCACUAUUAUUCCUGUAAAUAGCAGCAACCUAUGGUUUCUAUAGCAUAUGAUUACGUCCAACGAUGAAAUUUGCUGGACAUUGUUAUGUUAUCAAACAUCCAUACUGCACACAUAUAGGUACAGAUACGUUUCGAGUGCAGGUAUUGUAUAUGCCGCUACAAUGAGAGAACAGCAUA